CGCCAAAUGAGCGAGGAAGCAUCCAUCUUGCUCGGCCUGCCUGCCAAGGACGUCGCCGUCGACGACACAUGCCCCUACACGGCCAAGCUGGGAGGCCUGCCGGCGUACUACGACCCGGCGACCGCGGUGCCAUACGAAGAUCUCGUGUGCCCGCGCUGCCAGCACCAGCUCUACCUCGUCGCCCAGGUGUAUGCACCCGUGACGACGGAUCGCACGCUCUACAUCUUUGGCUGCAACUCGAUCAAGUGCACGACGACGACCAACAGCUGGCGCGUGCUUCGAUACGAGUCCAAGGUGGCUGAAGAGGUAGUCCCGGACGCCAUGCCGCCGCCCGCUCCAGCCGCAACGCCGGGCUGGGGCGACGACGAUGAUGACGACGAUGACGAUUGGGGUGACGUGAGCACGUCUGCAUGGGGCACUCCGGCCGCGGUGGCUACAACGACUGUGGAUCUCGAGGCCCUCCUUGACGCGCGCGACUCGGCCAUGACGACGAAGGUCGCUACGACGAUUGCCAAGCCCAAAGCGACAACGACGGCGACGACCGCUGCCAGCGCGCGCCCGCACUUUCCCGCCAUUUCGCUCCAUGUUGAAGGCGAGCCCGAGUCGGCGGGGGCCGAGCGCUACCAGCAUGAGACGCAACUUCUCAACGCGUACCUGGCCGAAGAGGAAAAGGAGAACGCAACCGAGGUCGCGCGGCUCAAGACGAUCCUCAAGGCCAAGACCGACGUCGUGGCGUCCAGUGGCGGCGGCGAGAGCGAGUCGGUGGAAGCGUACGAGCGCACGCCCUUGCGCGAGAAGCUCUUUCUCCGCUUCCAGAAGCGCAUGAAGCGAGCGCCGACGCAGUGUCUGCGGUACCACUACGGCGGCGACCCGCUCUGGUCGUCGCCACCCCCCAAGAUCGACGUGCCAGCAUGUCCCUGUGGCGCGUCCCGCGUCUUUGAGCUCCAGCUUGUGCCGACGACCAACUACUUUUUGAACGUUGAGAAAUACGCCCACGAGACACAACCGGAAGGCGCGGGCCUUGUGCUGGGCGGCGGCAUGGACUGGCAAACGGUGCUUGUCUGGUCAUGCCCCGACAGCUGCGCGCGCAGCCAAGAAGAGUUUGUGUUCGUGCAGCCCGUCACGGACGCCUCGACGAAACCCCAGCACGACUAAGAACACAUCUUGUGGCGCUAUGCUCUUAGCAGCGUUCAAAGAUCUUGUAGAGGUUGUUCAGGCUCGCAAUCGGGCGCAGAAUGCCAUUGUCGUGGAGUUGGUGC